UGUGACGCGCGUGCGAGGGUCUGUAAAGCUCGCUUUUGUCACUUUCCCUGGCUCGUGCAUCGAAAAUCCACGCCCUUUGACGCCUCUGAAAAGUUGCUGCCGACAGCGAUCAGGUUUGACGGGCAAUCGACACCGAUAAUCAAAGGACACGAAGUCGAUGAAGUUCAAGAGGAACUUAGACCGAUCUACGAUGAACAGGAACUGUCGAACCUGGUCAACUGUGUGAAAGACAUGACAACCCUGGGCGGACUAAGGAAGGAGGACUGGUCCUAUUACUUGGAAUUGACAAUUCGAGAGUUCUUUCUAAAUCCGAACUUCACCACCCUGACCAUCUAUUAUUUAUACAACAGGCUCGCUGCUUCUCUGUCGUUCCCUAUUGUGCCGGUAUACGAGCUCACCUACUUCAUCAGGGAACCACAAGAGAUCCUGCGAGCGGACACAUUUCGGGAUCGCGUGUUGUUCGGCUCGGUGAACGAUAAAGUAGAGCAGCACGUGCUGUCGGUUGUUCAAAACGUGCUGUCGCCGAUCUUCCUCAAGAUCGAAACCUGGCCAGACAGUAUCCACCCAGAAAGGAUUCUCGUCCGCUUUGUUCAGUGGCUUAACUCGUGUUUAAUUAGUCGGGGAAAGUUUUCCGGGGAGCACGGUAUCGUAACGAUACUUCAACGAGCUGAACUACGAAACUUUCUUGUCUCCUCUAGGACUUUCUUCUCUUUUUGCUCUCCUUCCCUCUCUUUCUCUCCCUUUCUGGUAAACAAUCUGUGGGUGUAAAACCGCCAGCUAUAAGUUUAAUUGGGUAGCAGUGGGCGCUCUAGAAUCUUCGGCGGCGAAUGUCCCGCGUCAAUGGCGUUUUCCGAAAUUCAAAUCUGCAAAAUUCAGCUUCCUACUUGAAAGAAACUUGUCGGAAGCUUUUGUAUAGUUUAGGUACGGAGUUUUCAUAAUCUUGCCACUUUGGGGUAACAAUUUCAAUAACGAUACUUUUAAUUCUGAUGCCUGAAAUUUUCCACGUUCUUGACCCCUUGAAAGUAGGAAGUUUCCAAGUUAAUGAUAGAGCUAACGUACUUCAAAUGAUCAGGUUUCAUGGAAAUUU